AUGGUAUACAGGCGAAUGAGGUCGGAGGCGGAGGGCACUAUGAACGACCGCCCUCGUUCCCGAUGCCCCUUCACCAAGGCAGCUGAAAUUCACAUAAAGAUCGACCUCCACGGCAGCAUCCUGGACAAGUCCUCUUGUGACACCGGCAGCCGCUGCGUGUCUCAGGAUGUCGAAAUCCUCCUCAGGAAGUCCCAGACGCUCAUUGACAGGUACGACCACCGCAGCGAGGCGAGCAGCGACGAGAACGCCAUCCCGGGCGUGUUCACCAACGCCCUGCAUCUGGCGGUGGACUACAGCGCCGCCGACGUGGUGAGGCUGCUGCUGCGCUACGGCGUGGAGCCCAACCGGGGGGGCCUGGUCAACCUGGGGGGCGGGGGGUCGGUGGGGGGCGGGGGCCUGCACGGGGCCCGCGCCCGCCCCUCCCCCCGGGUGUCCCCCACCAGCGUGCUCAGCGUGGACCGCAGGAGCUUCACGGGCCACUACAUCAGCUCGCCCUCCCCGCGCUGCUCCCCCAGGGCGUCCCCGAGGGCUUCCCCGAGGGCGUCCCCGAGGGCCUCGCCCAGGGCGUCGCCCAGAGGCUCCCCGAGGGCCUCCCCCCGAGGCUCCCCGCGCUGUUCGCCGCGCUCGGGCUCCCCGAGGUCCUUCUGCUCGCGCCCGUCGUCGCCCCUGGCAGGCUGCGACCGAGGGGGGUCCCGCGCCCCGUCGCCCAGAGCCGCCUCCCCGCUGCACUUCGUCCCGCCGCCCGUGCCCUACUCCGACCCCGAGGUGCGCCUGCGGCCGCAGGGCUUCCGCCAGCAGAUGCAGCAGCUGGGCAUCAGCAAGGGCGAGAGCCUGCGCGGCGGCGGCGGCGAGGACGAGCGCAGCAAAGUGCGCGUGACGAAGCGCGCGCCCGAGCCGUCCAGAGCCGCCAGCGUCGGAGGGGGGGGCGGCGCCGGGUACGGGGGGGGCGACGACGGCGGCGGGCCGCUGACUUCCCCGGCAAAGAGAGACAGUAGAUUAGAUUUCCAUCUAGAUGUUAGAACUGACGGCAAAAUAGAUAAUAAUAAGAAACAGUUAUAUUUUACGAAAUCCGCAAAAAACGGGGCCAAUUCUAGUGAGGAUAGAUCCAGAUUAGUGCUUUCGAGUGACGGGACGAGAGAAGGAGGAGGCAAUGGAGGAGGAGGAGGGCCGGCGGCGAGCGGCGGCGCGCAGGACAGGAGCAAGAAGGAGAGCCGCUCGCCGGGGGCCCUCGAGAGCAAGAGCAUCAUCAAGGACGACUCCAAGAAGGACGUGUUCCGGGAGCGCGAGAAGGACAAGGACGAGAAAAUGAAGGAGACGCGGAAGGACGUGUCGACGCGGCGGGUGUCGUGGGUGCCGGGCGUGACCGACAACGCCGCCGCCACCAGGGACAAGCCGGCCUACAAGAGGAGGCACUCGUCCGUCGUCAAGUCAAGCGAGGUCACCUUCCAGCGCCAGAGGUCAUUCUCGCUCGACAGCCAGCAGCAAGUGCGGCUGUCGAUGCCUGGCUCCGCGUCGUGGCUGGUGGUGCCGCGGCCGGUGAUCUCGACGGAGAACAGCACGACGCGGCUGGCGGAGCCCCGGGGCGAGAGGGACCGCUCCGAGCCGCGCUACUUCACCUUCUCGGACAUCCACCCGUGCACGUGGGACGCCAACCCGCCCCACGCGGCCUCGCAGGGCGGCAUGUCCCGGGGCCCCUCCAGCGCUCGGCCGGGGGCGCCGCACUCGGCAGGGGCCGGGGGGUCCCACCCUGCCGGGGCGCGGCUCCUGGUCCUGAACCCCGACGUCCCGAGGGAGAGGCUCAUCACCUACACGAGCGCCGAGGGGGCCAGACUCACCUUCGCCGACCUGUACACCCGAGACUACCUGUACACCCUGCCCGUGCUGUUCCUGGCGGCGGCGCGGGGCAACUCGGCCAUCACGUACCUCCUGCUCAAGUACGGCGCGUCCCCCGGCAUCACGGACGCCCUGGGCAACACGCCGCUGCACAUUGCCGCCUGCCAGAUGAACGUCGCCUGGGAGAGCGUGCUCGACCUGCUGGAGUUCGGCGCCCCUAUUUCGCGGCCGAACAGCGUGGGCAACAGGGCGCUGGAUCUGCAGCCGACGCUCGUGAGAUUGCAGGAGCAGCUUGUCCUGGACUGCUUCGCGACCUUCGAGCCGCCAGCGCGCCCCGAGCCCGACCCCGUGACCUCGUCCAACCGCGACCUGGCCCAGGGCCCGACCCGCCAGCCCUCCAACCUCCUGAAGCGGCUGCAGGGCGUGGCCAACCGGGACAAGGCGGUGGGCACGAUCGGGUCGAGCCUGAAGGGGCGCGUGGCGGGCGGGCGGGCGGGCAACCUCCGCGGCGAGAAGGACGAGGACGCCAGCACCUCCUCGGCCGAGGCGGGCCACCUCCAGUCCUCCGGCAGCGUCAGGAGCCGCGGCGGAUCGGGGCCCGGGCCGGGGCACGACUUCAGGAGCAAGGAGCUGACCUGGGAGACCCUGAUCCACCUGGGCAGCCGCCGACGGAUCCGCCAACUGCACGAAGAAGGAAUGGACUCCGAGACUGCAGGCAAGACGACGGUGGUGGAGGCGGAGCGGAGCAUCUCCCUCCUGAAGCGUCUGUCUUCGAACCCCGAGUGCUUGGGCUUCAUCGUCAAGAACCUGUUUGCCGCCGCCUCCAACGUCAUCGACUUCUACGAGCGCUGCACCGAGAACCAGCUUCACACGUGCUUCAAUUCGCUCUUGCAUAACUUGCUGAAGAACAUCCUGGAACUCCUGUGCGGCAGCGGAGGCGCGGGAGGAGGCGCCGGCGGAGGAGGCGCGGGCGCCGCGGCCUCCGAGGGCGGCCCCGGAGACUCCCCCGCCGCCGCCGCCGCCUCGCACAUCACGCCGGGGUCGCCGAGUGGCCGGAAGGAGGCGGCGGCGGCGGUGUGCCUGCUGGUGCGCCUGUGUAGCGUGCUGCUGUCGGGCGUGCAGGAGUUGCAGUUCACGGCCAUGUCGACGCUCAACAAGGUCAUCGACGCGGCCGUCGUGCACCGCAUCGGCGACCUCGGCAUCGACCCCGACAGCCACCUGCUGCCGCCGGGCUCCGAGAGGUGCGUGCGGGCUGCGGCUGCGGCUGCGGCUGCUACCGCACUUACGACGGCGUCUGGAAAGCGCGGAGUCAUCGCCGCACUUCAGCCGCGGCCCCGCUCGCCACGCCCACCCGCGGGCCUCGGGCCUCCUCCGCCCGCACGCCCACCUGCAAAACCGCCCGCUAAGAUCAGCCGUCCGGCCACACGCCCAGACGCCCAGCCGAAACCCGCCUGCAAAACCCGCCCGCCAACCUUAGCCGCCCGCAAGUCCAGCCGCAGAACGGCAAAUCCACCCAGCCGCCCGCCCGCCCAGAGAGCCGAAUACCGCCCGCAAAACCGCUUGCCAACCCGCCCACGACCGCCCUCCGCCUGGCUCUGUGCUCCAAGGAUUCCAAAUGCUUGUUCCUCUGUCCCGCGGGCGAUAUCCUACUGGCGGCCAAGUUUGGCCCCCGGUCAAGCUCUGGCCACGGGCGGAGGGCGUCGUGUCAAGGGCGUGGGCUGA